AACAGCUGAGCAGGAACCAAAGCCGAAGCUCGGUGCCAGAAAUGACUCCCUAACAGGCAGCAACCUGAUUGGAAUCACCCUUGCAACAUCACCUGCUAAACUGGUGAAACCCAGUUUGGGGAGGUUUAUAAAUGGUACAGAGAGCCUGUUCCCUUCAUCACAACUCAUCUGCCUGGAUCCCUUGCUGGCUGCAUCUGGUAGGCUUGAUCAGUUGAAUUCUCCAAUAAUGGCUGCCCCAGCUGCCCACCAUCACCACCACCCUCACGAAACCCCCAGCUCAGGCUGUCUGCCCGACUGCACCCUGGAGACAGCACUGAAGAUCAUUAUCGACGUCUAUCAUCAGUACGCUCCUAGAGAGGGCAAGGAUGACUACUUGAGCCUGAAGGAUCUAACAGAACUUCUCAAGUGCCAGGCCCCAACCUUCCUUGCUGCGUGUAACCGAAGCCGCCCAGAAUAUAUCCCUUGGCUCUUCAAGCAGGCUGAUGUCGACAGUAACAGAAACCUGACUUUCGAGGAGACCAUCAGAAUAAUUGGUCUCUUGGCGGAUGAUGCCCAUCGCAUCAGUCACGAUGAGGACAGAUGCGGCCCUGACAAGGACUAAGCCCUCCUCUGCAUGCAGCUGAGAGACGACAGCCUUCAAUAUUCCUGGCAUCUGCAUAGCCCCUUACUCAACAUACGGCACCCCUCAGCAAUGCCAAGUCUAAUUAUAGGCUGACUGAAGGAAAUAAACUAUUAGAGUGUU